AUGAAGACUGCAACUCUCCACGAAGAUAUCCAAAAAUAUCAGCAAAUAUUAACCAAAUCGGAGGAGUUGGAGAAGGAUAUCCCACCACGGAGUGUAUUUGACUGUCAGAAGCGUGCGAGAGUGACCAAACGGAAGCUGAUAAAACUGAAAAAUGCCCCAAUACCUCGUCCACAGUUUGGAGGUCCUAAGGUGAUCAAUACCAAGGUAAAGAAAAGCGUUGUUGAGGCUGUCAAAAGUGAAAAAGUCCAUCAAAAACGUUCUUCGAUCCGAACGCGAUCCAGAAGCAAAUUGGCAGAACUGGUACUGGAGACCAGUCUGAAAUCACAAUUGGAAGCUAAGGUUCAAGUCAAGAAGGCUCCAAUCAAGCCGUUGAGAGCCAAAGCCAUCACUUUCGAGAAUAAAGUGAUGGCAGGAAAUCUGUACAGCGAAUUGGUCGAGAAGAUCCGCGAUGCAUCCAACGAUAUUGAUUUCGGCAUGCUGUGGAAGCUACUUCCAAAGAAUAUUGACUUGGAGAAGGAAAAAUUCAACGUGGAGAACAAAGAGGCGGACAAGUUGCUCUGGAAGAUGCUGACAGCGGCAUUUAGUGACGAUAUCGAUCUUUUUUUCAGGAAGAUCAGUGGUUGGCCGCUCGACAACGCCCAAUCCCUUCCAUUAGUGUAA